UCAUUUACAUUGGCUAACCUAGCCAAACUUUGAAGAAGCAAGACAUGUUACUUUAUUUGCACCGUGCUUUCUGUCUAAACUUUAUGUUGAUUGAUAUGUUUUGAAUUUUGGAUCAUUUUUAUAUUUAUUAUUUAAACAAAUAAGUAAAGUAAGAAUAAAUAUGUCUGAUUCUGAUACAACUGAUAAUAUUCACAGAGUAUUUAAAAAUGAUCCUUUGUUGUUCAAAAGUUAUUUAAACAAAUUUGUUACUGUAACAACAAAUAAUUUAAACGUUUAUAAUGGAUUUGUUUACACAGUAGAUCCAGUAUCAGAGAGUAUUGUUCUUUUUGAAUCUUGUGGUGACAAUGAAUUUAAAGCUAAAAUAAUAAUGGGUCAUUGCAUAAAAAUCAUUGAAAUUACUUCAGAACAAACACUGAAUUUACCAACAAUAAAUCUACCCAACAAAAAAAUGACUGAAGCUCAGUUAGCUGUAAAACGAGAAGCAAUAAAGAAAAAAUUAACAGAAAAUUGUCUGCCAGUUAUUGAUGAAGGUGAUGGCAUCAUAGAAAUUAAAGGAAUGGUUUUUAUAGAACCACCUUAUGAAUUAGAAAAUUGCUUUUGUGAUAAUCCUAUUAUUCUCAAUCGUAUUAACAAUAUUUUGUACGCAAAUAGAGAAAGGUGAUGUUUUUUAUUUCAAAUAUAAAUUAUUUUUUAUUAAUAAAA